CGGCGAGCAUGGUCUCACAUUGACUUGCACGUAUGGCCCCUAUCUUCUGGUAUUUGAGUCGAGCGGUAUGGCUUACUGCAGCUUGUCCCAACCCACCAUCAGCGUUGAUCGUUAAUCUCAUUUGCUCUCACAUUACGAUUCACCUGUGCUGGCUCACUCAAGCAAUAUCAUGCCAAACGAUCCUUUCUAUAUCCAAAUUUACUUCUUCAUUAUGUAUACAAUACAUCCGCUUGCAUUUCUGGCCAUACCGCUGCUGCCAAGUGGUUCGAUCGUUCCGUGGCUAUGCGCCCUUUCCGCAUCUCCUUUACUUUUUUCUUUAUUUCAUACUUAUAUUGUGAAAGCUGGGCGGUCGGAACUUGGAGCCAUCGACCAUUUUGGCUCAAGGCAUCUUCUCAUGUUUCACGCUGCUAUGAGUGCGGUGUCACCCACCACCAUAAUCCAAAUAUUUCUCCAAAACUGGCUGGGUCCGUGGCAGGCGCCACUGGUGUACCUGUGUCUAUUGUGCGCUGUCACAAUGGUAUAUUGGCAUGCAUGCUGGUUAGCUGCAGGAGACAGCCGUGCACUUGGGUUCCUGGGUGAUCUAGUACAUUCUGUUCUCGGACUCAAUACUACCCACACAUCACAUUCGCAACCGUCUUCUGGUGACCCGACCCUCCCCCCACACACUCCUAGUGCUACCAGUGGUAAUCAAACACUGCCCACUCCCACCGACAGCCUGGGUACAUCCCCACCCGUCUACGCUCCAGGAAGCUCAACCCCCCACACUCCCUCAACUCACCAUAAUGGCACCGCUUCCACUCCCCAACCCGCCCAAGCCCUAUUCAUUUGACUCCCAUUGCGACAAGUUCCACACUUUCAAAGUCAAACUCGGGUCAGUAAUACUCUUGCAGGCUCAUUACUUGUUCUCAGGCAACUUUACAGGACGUAUGAUAUGAGAUCCGAUCAAAGUAGCGAAGGAUGCUGGUGUCUUCUUUCUGCUCCUCAAGCUGCUAGAC